AUGGAAGGCCUUCAAGCACGCAUCGACUCCUUCCUUAAAUCCAAGCGCGUGAAACGGAGUUCAAAACCGAACUCUACUUCCGCAACUGUGAAAUGGCCUCAUCCUUCAUCUUUCAACGCCAACCCACACACCCUUGCCGAAGCAGGUUUCUACUGGGUACCAAGCUGGGAGGACAGAGACAGUGUCGCUUGCUUUCUGUGUCACAAAGAGCUGAGCGACUGGGAUGAGGAUGAUAACCCUUUCCUGAUUCAUUGGCAGAAGUGUGGCAACACUUGUGCAUGGGCAAUAGUCCGGUGCGGACUCAGUGAGGAUAUUGCAGAGGAUGGAAGCUUUGUAUUCUUGAACAAGAAACGCCUUCCGACGAGCAAGGCGAUGGAGAAGGCACGUCUUCAGACAUUCGGCGAAGACUUGUGGCCUCAUGACGGGCAAGAUGACCACGGCGCUAGCUCAAAGAAGAUGGCUCAGGGAGGGUUCGUGUAUACCCCCCAAACAAAGGGUGAUGAUACCGUGACCUGCUUGUAUUGCAACCUCUCACUGGGUGGCUGGGACGCUGAUGAUGAUCCAAUGUGA